AUGUUCAGUAUUAAACAACCAAUGAUAAAAUUUAUACCUGUGGUUGUCAAUGUAGCGAGUGGUAUUUUGAAAGUGAAUAGUACUUUUGAUGUAAUCAAGAAUGAAUUUCCUUUUUUCUUCCAAGUAACUGUUAUGAAUGUGGAUCAUUCUUUGAAUAUAUCUGAUGAAGCAAUGGCUUUUAUAACUCCACCAACAAAUAUUGAUGUGAAAGUUUAUCGACCAUAUCUUACAGAUAAUCCAAAUUACUGUCUUUAUGAUGAAUGGUUUAUUGAUAUGGUGAUGAUAUUACCAUCAGGAAAUCACAAUUUAUUGAUUAAUUUAUUUGGUCCAUCAUUCAAUAAACUGUAUUAUGGAUAUAUUGAAUAUUUAUUUGCUUAUUACAAUGGUACCAAUAUAGUGAAUAAUUAUUCAAUUCAGUUUAGUAAUUUUAUAUAUUUAGGCAAUCAUUCUAUGAUACUGGUUCAAUCCAAAUCGAAUAAUGUAGCAAUGCAACCAGGUGAAAGGCGAAUAAUGUCUAUUGAUUAUAUAUUCCCAUUGAAUUCGAACUAUUCCAAUUCUUCCAUAAAAAUUAUUGGAACUGAUGUCAAUAGUAGCAAUGAAUCCAUUAUCAGUAUCAUCAAUUUCAAUAUAGGUUUUGGUAGUAAUUUAGCAUCAAUAAAUAAUGAUUACUCAUUUAAUUAUUCAUCAAUUUACCAAACUAACCGAAUGGAUCAAUUGAUCAUUUACUUUAAAAAUAUUCGUAGUAUUGAUCCCUGUAAUUUACCACAGUAUGCUGCGAUGAAACAUUCUGCUGUACAAUUACCUAAUCGUCAAACAAAUACAUUUCUAAAUGUUGGUGAUUAUUUAUUUUAUUGUGGACAAGCCUUCAAUAUCAGAGGUUCAUGGGUUUUAAAGAGACGUUGUUUUAUGAUUAAUAAGCUACCUAAUAGAACAUGGUUUGGAGCAUCAGAUAUAUUUUACAGUUUGUCCAAAGUUAUUUUCACGAAAAUAGCCAAAAAUUUAUUUCGCCUGAUGUUUGGUCAAUUUGCAGAUAUGGGACCGUUGGUUGAACAGCUCAUAGCAUAUACAAAUCCAUCUGAUUUGUUGUUUGAUAUGGGUACUGAUGCUGGAGGUUUAGUGAUGAGUGAGAAUUUCGGGAAGACAUGGCUUACAGUCAUCCCCUACGUAUGCCAGAUAUCCUCGAAUACGUCAACAGAAAUCAUCACUGCAAAUAUUGUGCCAUGGAUUUCAUGGACAAGACCAAUCGACAGUACAGUGAUGGCGUCAUUUUGCAAGUUACGGGUUGCUGGACAAUGGAAUGGUAAAUAG